AUGAACACAAAUCCAGGGGCUCCAAGUGGUGGUGUCUCGUACAUCCCUGCGCCCAGACAAGAUAUGGAGUAUAUUUGCGCAGACUGUGGUGCAAAGAACGAGAUCAAGGCUCGAGAACCCAUCCGUUGUCGAGAAUGCGGUCACAGAAUCAUGUACAAGAAAAGAACGAAACGAAUGGUUCAAUUUGAAGCACGGUGA